AUAAGGUACUACACAGGUUAAAUCCAUUAACAUCACCACUGGCACAUUCUUUGCAGCACGCUAUGAGAUUAAUUGGUUUGUUUGCAUUUUUAGCUGUAUUAUUAGGCGUUUCAGGAAGAUGUAGAUUUCAGAAAUAUGGAUAUUAUUACGAUUAUGAUGAUGGAUUCUAUAGGAAAGGUAUAUACUACAAAUAUGUUUACUGCAGCGGCUACUGUAACCAUGUUAGCAAUUCCUGUGACUAUGUUUACGACGUUUCAAGCAGUGUGAAUGUCGGAACCAUUAUUGGUGCAGUUGUCGGUGGUUUAGCUGGUCUGGCAAUAUUGGUUACUAUUUGUGUCGUAGUAGCUUGCGUUUGUGCUAGGCAACAUAGAAGUCCCGGUCAAGUUAUUUAUACAAAUCGUCCAGGAAACACAACUGUCGCAUACAACAAUACUACAACACAGUAUCCAGUCGGAGUUCAACAGCCUGUGUAUACAGUUUCAUCAAACAAUGAAAACAUGACCAAACCCCAGUAAAAAGAAGUGGCAUAAAAUGAUCAAAUAAAUCGAAGACUUCU